AUGCCGAAUACAACUGAAACCGACUACUUUAUUGGGACGACGCAAGGCAAGACGAAGGACGGGAAACUGACCCACAGAAUUAUAGUUUCCCAAGUAAUUAGACUUGUGGAUGAAGAAGGAUUUGAAGAGGAUUGGAAACAGGAGGAUAUUGAAAUAGACUGCGAGAGGCUCUGGAAGCUGGUGGAAGUGGUGGAUGAUUUGGUGGUAAAAAAAGGGGACUAA